CAUAGAGGGGUCGAUGGCUUACUCCCGUGCUCUAUUUUGCCACUAGCAUGCCUCACCAUCCUCAAUUCCAAUUCCAAGCCAAAAAUGACGUCAAGAUCCUAGUCGAGUAUCCGAUCCAAGAAUAUAACACCAGCACAACCAUUUACUCUGAACCUGAAUUCUAAUGUGUCAUCCAAAACUCAUCUUUUCUCCAAGCGUUGGUCUUAGUUGCUUUUAAAGAGAACCCUUAAAUUUGUGUCGUUUCUUAAUGUGGAGUGUAAAUUACUGCAAUAAUUCGUGUUUAGUUUUGGCCGGAUGAUUCUCUGGCAAUGUUGUUAGUGAUGAAAAGGUGCUUUUUCCCCCCUUCGGUUGACCUGUUUUGGGUUUUAAUCUGUUUUUACAGAUAAAGUUUGCAUAUUUGUUCAAUUAAGCACAUGAAUUAUGUGGAUUUUUAUGUUUCUGACCAGAUCAAGAUAGCGGUUUAAUUCAAUUCAGAAAACGAAAAACUGGGGCUAGGAUUUCUCGACUUAAUAAAUUAGGGUUUUGUUGUCUGACUAAAUUUACUUGGUUUCGACUCAUUUUAUAUAGCAAAAAAUCCUUGAGUCUGCGAGUUAGAAAGUAGAAGUUUAGAUUGACCUGAACGGGAACACGGUUUUUUAUUUUAGGGUUCGUUAAUUUAUAAUGGCUGAUGAGACUUCUGCUGCCAUGAAUCUUGAUCUUAAUUUGGGGCCUCUUGAAAAUUGGGGCGAUGCUAGCGAACCCGGCUCAGGAUCUUAUCCCAAUUUUGCAUUCGAAAUAAUUGGGGGGAAUGGUUUACAACCUGGCGAGGGUAGUGUGGCUGCUGAGGAAAGAAACACCGAGGUGGCCAAAACUCGUGAGAAUGGCAAUGGAUAUUUGGAAGAUGAAGCUUUGGGAAAGAAGGAAGAUGUUGAAAAGAAUAACGGUGUUGAAGGGAGCUUUUUUGAUUGCAAUAUAUGCUUGGAGUUGGCCAAGGAUCCUGUUGUAACUUGCUGUGGUCACUUGUUUUGCUGGCCUUGUCUUUACCGGUGGUUACAUCAUCACUCAGCUGCUAAGGAGUGUCCUGUUUGUAAGGGAGAAGUUGCAGUGAAAAAUGUUAUCCCAAUUAAUGGCUCUGGAUGUAUUAGGCGGGAGCAAGAGGUGGAUUCUAGUCUGAACAACAUUCCUCUCAGGCCCCAAGCACUGCGGGUUGAGGGCUGGAGGCAAACUAUUCAGAGGACUGCAUCCAUUAAUCCGAUGGAGGAAAUGACAGAGCAUCUUGGAAGUGCAUUUGAGGUGAGUCCGGAAUCUGUCCAGAAUCAGUCUCGAAAUUCCCGUGAUCCACAUGAAUCACAUGUGAGAUUUAGCUCAUAUCUCAACCGGAUUCUGACUUCUAGAGAAUUGCUUAGGGAAAGGAGAGCUGUUGAUAGGGUUGACUUACCAGAAAGCCGCCUCACUAACUAUGAGUCAAGGGAAAGCCGUCUUUCAUCAUACUUGCGUCGUAGAUCAAAUUCAAAUCAAGCUGCUACCUUGCCCAACCUCCCUUCUGGAUUAAGCUCUGGUGAAAGUCAAGCUGCAGGGAGUAUGGCUGAAUAUUCAUAUUUGGGAAACAAUCCUAUAGAAAGAAAUCCUGAACAGCCUCUACCAGUUGAUGAUAGGGAUUCUGCGUCAAGCAUUGCUGCCGUUAUACACUCAGAGAGCCAGACAGUUGAUAAUGCUGUUGAAAUAGAUUCCAGAGUAUUGCUUUCUACUUCAUCUUCCAGUAGAAGAAAUGAUGCAUCAAGAACUUCUGAUGUGGAUAGUGGAGAUUCACGCGCACGAAGGAGGAGAAGGCUGAACUGAUUUGACAUGUGAUUUGCUGUUAAGAGUUCAGAACACAGUGGGAUUCAAAUAUUUACAAGCACUUUAUUGCUCUAGAAAGAACCAUGUUGUUUUUGUUAUUUUCCUUGGGAGAACAUCUACUGGCUACUGCUUUUCCCACACAAGCAGUUUUUAAUCUCUCUGUUCAUCGUAUUUGACUGGCUCAUGGGUAAAUUGUUAGUCAGGAAUACCGGAACAAGAGGAAAUUUUGGUCAAGUUAUGAAUACUGAAUGUACUUUACCGGAACAAGAGGAAAUUUUGGUCAAGUUUAUGAAUACUGAAUGUACUUACGAAGCACUUAAUUUAUGCGGAAUCCGAGGUUAGAUAUGGACGUCUUAAUCAUUCAGGAAUUCUCUUUUCUAAGCUGUUUCUUCUCUUAUAUUCUUUUUCUGGAGGUCCAUCUAUUUUUGAGCAUGUACCACAUUUACGUGCAUCUCUAUAUGCUUGUUCGAACUUGUAUGUGUUGAAGUUUGUUGUUUACCAUCAUUAUAUAGUUUCUUCAUCUGGUUCUCUAUUGUUUAAUGCUAAUGUCUCUUUUCGUUUGUCACCAACUAUCAGACUCAUAUGUCAUACGUGACAAUUAAUGUUGAAACUUACUAAACUUGCAGAUUUCAUAAGAAAAUAGAUAACUGGGUUCUGACCUAAUUGGGCACAAACUGAAAAAUCAUAUGAAAAUACAUUAGUAACAUUAUUAAUUAAAAGUAUAAAUAAUAUUCUCAUAAUUUGUGGCUCUGGGAAUUAGACACCAUUGUUUGGACAAAAUCAAUCCACUGUCACGUGUAAAAACCUUUCGUAUGUUUAUAUAAAUUCACGUGCAAUUUGUCAACCAUGGAUUAUUAGGCAAAUCAUUUUAUUAGAAGCACUAUUGCCAGGUAAAGCUAUUGAAAAAUCAAGAUUUGAAUAAUGGGUUUCUUUUAAAUUUCUCAGGGUCUCUUCCUUUAAUCUAUUGGCUAUAGCCAUUUCCUACAAUACUCUCCUUUUCUUUUCUCUUUUUUCAUCUAAUUUCUCUUUUAUGGAGUUGGCUUUGAUCUCAGGUGACACACGAAAGCCAUUCGGGUUUUGCAUGGCUUUAGGGAAGUUUAGUUACUACUGAAGGUGAAAGCAGAAGCGAAGAAACCAUAGAAAAUGAAAGAGGGAGAAGAGGUCUGUCUGAUCCACCAGUCCAGUUUCAUCUUUUUCCUUUCCCUCCAUUGUUUUGCAGGCUCACAUAAAAUUGUUGCAUGAACAAGAGUUUAGAUUUUUAUUUUCUAUUUUUAUUUAAUACUGUUUAGUUUAGUCUUGAACAUGAAGUUUAAGUUUAAAUCAUAAGCAUUGUUUGAGUUUGUAACAGUAGUUCCUGAAAGGGGAAAAGGGCUGCAGGAUGUGAACUGGGGACUUGCUGGGAUGGAGUCUUGUUGAUGCAGAUAAAUGGGGUUCUACAAGGGCAAGUGAUGAGCAAGAGAAUGGCAAAACCCUUAAAAAAAAAGCAUGCUUUUCUUGAAGAAAGCUUCAAAGGACACAUCAUCCUCAAUCCUGUAAGUCACAUAAUGCAAAUACAUGUAUGUUUGUGCGGGUACAUUUCUUGCAUGUUUGGUCAAGAAGAUUGGAGGAGAAGUGUUCAUUAUAUUGUCCACUGUGUGUACCAAAAGUGCAAUUCAGAUAAUGACUUGUAUUCCAUAUGUCAUGGAUUACACUAGCUUUUACUAAUAUUAUCCUAAUUCAUAUGCUCUAACAAAAGAUAAGAUUGCUCUUGUAAAGCUGUUGCGCAUCUUCAUCUUCGCCAAGUGGAAGUUUUGUUCCAGAACCGAAGAGCUAGGACAAAGUUGAAGCAGACAGAGGUAAGUUAUGCGCAUCUAAAGAAAUGGUGUGAAAAUAGGAGGUUGCAAAAGGAGUUUCAAGAAUUAAGAGGGUUGAAGGUUUCCCAACCUUUCCAUGUGCAGUUUCC